UCCGACAAGCGUUUAAAGGCUAUCGAGCUCAAUGAAAAGGCCAGACAAAGGGAGCUGUCUUCGAGAUCAGACGCAGAGGCUAAUCAUAACCAGACCACCGGUGUAGAGUCCAAUGUCACACGCUUGCUGGUCUCGAUCAAGAAGCUGCUCGAAGGCCUGACAGAUUGGAGCAAUGGUGCAGUCACAGAUGCUCAAAUCAGUGACAUGUACGUUCGUCUUGGAAACGAUUUUAAUGCAGCUGUGAUUGCAUUCGAUGGGUUUGGUAUUGACAUGGGGAGAGUUCCUGACGAACUACGCGAUAUUUUAGAAACAUGUCUCACAGAGGAAGCAUCCCCCGAAAACUUGGCAUUGUACCUGCCCGGAGUUCGAAAGAUCAUCACACGGCUAUUAGAGGGCCUUCGCAAAAAGCAAGACGAAUAUAGACUCCGUGAUGGAUCUGGAACUCGCUCACGCCGUACAUCUAGAGGCGAGGCGCCACAAUCUGACGACCCUGGUCCACGAGAGGAGUCGACGGGCCAGACUGCCCGUUCUACAAGCUCGAGAAGCUCACAACGACGAACAAACAGUGCUUCGAUGAGGCAGAGUGAUAUCCCUGUACCCCCGAUUCCUCAGACCGAAAGUGGCCAAGCUGGACCCUCUUCCACAAGGUCACCUUCACAAAAGAGGAUGCCUAUUUCACGCUCCGCGUCGGCGACCCCAGCACCUCCAGACACGGACAGCGAGACGCCUCGCAAGACUUCACCACGGACUCCACGCCAAAUUCCGGGCACACUUCCUACAUCACCUUCACCAGAAGUAGAUGCACCCCUUCCUUCUUCGAAACCAGAAUUUACACAACCCCACAUCCCCCCAGAAGUCCCGCGCUACUCUCUCCAGGACACCCCCUUGGCCCCAUUUUCCGUCGAAGUGACAUCUCCUACCACUCCUGAUGCGGUAGCUGAACAAAGGCCAGAGACGCCUGAAGGCCCAAGCACACCCGCUGUCGAGCAGUCUCUUGCAGCGCUAAAGCAGAGCGAGACGCUCCAAAGGCGUGCCUCUAAACGAUUCUCGACCUAUACCAUGUCCAAGAUGGCUGGUACUGGUUUGGGAUCUGUUUCAAGUGCAUCCAAUGCUCUACGCCGAUCUAUGGCUGCGGGUGCUCUGCUCACUCCGGGGGAUUUGACCGCCUUGACAGAGGUAGAUGAGAACGCCGAGGAUAGUGUCAUCACAACGCCGAGACCAAAUAGAGAUUUGGCGAGGAAGAGAAGUUUGGAAAGGCGACAACGAAUGCCGACUCUGGACGAAGUUCAACCUCCUGUCCCCUCUUUACCAGACGUUGAAGGGAAUGCAGCCAAGAGUCUCAAUGCCAGUAUCAAUGGUACCGCCAAUACUUUAGAUGCCUCGAAAGAGUCAGAGAGGCCAGAAUCACCCCGCGAAUUGACCGUCUAUUUCCAAGUCGGAAGACAAGUGAAGAAGGUCAUGAUGGAACCAGUAACAUCUUUCGCCGCUUUAAGAGUGCUUUUUAUGAACAAGUUUUUGUAUAAUCCGGGCUCUGGGAACUUCCCAGAAAUCUAUAUUCGUGAUCCUGCCAGUGGCGUACAGUACGAACUAGAAGACGUUUCAGAAAUCAAGGACAAAUGCUUACUAUCCCUCAAUAUUGAACCACUCGAUCAGAUUAAGCAACAUAUCGAUAGUCAAAUUUCUAAUCUUUCACAAGAGAUCAAGGACCUCAAACAGUCUGUCGCAACAUCUAGACGAAUGUCACUACCUAUGGCCCCUCCGUCUCCUGGUCUGGUCAACAAUGUCGUGCUCAGCUCGCGGCCUACGGAACGCCAGUUCCAAUCCGUGGCACAACGGAUCGGGAAAGCGCAAGCCCGCAGCGCAACUUCGAUGGCUCCUCUUGUCCCUCAAAUGACUGGAGGAUCGGAUGCUGGAAGUGUUGCCGCCUCACGAAUCGUCGCCGAUCUCAAAUCCCAAUUUGACGAAGUGCAAAACAUUCGACGCGAUCUUGGUGUUAUGAGGCAGAUUUAUGUGGAUUUCACCAAUUCCACAAAAGAAUCGCUAGCAUCUCUUCGCGCACAGGCCACCUCCGUUCGUCAGGUUGCAAAUACAAAGAUCGGUGGUGCUCGCGCAUCGAUCGAUUCAGGCAAAGCGCGUCUCGACAAACGCAGUCAAGACGUCCUCACGGAAAUCGAAGAUUUACAGGACACGGUCGAAAACUUGAAGGACGAUGUUCUCAAGCGGCACAUCAACCCAAGGUUCGAUGUCAUGAAACGUCUCCGAACUAAGAUCGACUCGACAACCAAGGAGCUGGAAGAUCUCAAAAACCAUAUCGCGACCAUUCGACCUGGCUGGAAGAAGACGUGGGAGCAAGAGCUUCAGAAUAUCGUCGAGGAACAGCAAUUCUUGAGCCAUCAGGAAGAGCUCAUCGAGGAUCUAUACGAAGACCACAAAGCACUUGCAGAAGUGUUCGGACAUGUCGAGAAGGUCAUUACGAUUCGUGGCAAGAGUGGUCCAUCUCGAUCGUUUCGGCCGCCUCCUGUUGAAGAAGGACACGGCGGGCUGAGCACAGUCAUGUUGGAAAUUAGAGGCGCCCGAGUGGAGUCCGACAAGCGUUUAAAGGCUAUCGAGCUCAAUGAAAAGGCCAGACAAAGGGAGCU